ACUCCGUCUCGCAUCACCCCUUCACUCCUCAUUGAGUGGCUAUGCAGGGGCAGUGACGUCGCACAAAGCCUCUCUCUCACUCCCUUCUUGCUGCAUCACAACCGCUGCUAGUAGCACCCUGGCUAUUUGCACUGACCGGGGGACAGGAUAAUCACAUAGCUAAUUAGCAUAAUAAUAACUCUAAAGAUAACACUAGCUAACAUCACCACAACAGGAGUAAUCUACGGAAACCAUUUGCAUUGAGAUAUCCCAUUGGAACCGCUGGGACAUGGCCAGACAAGAUCAGGUCCUGCUCUUGGAGCCACAGCACGAACUGAAAUUCCGAGGUCCCUUCUCGGAUGUGGUCAACACCACCCUAAAGCUCGCCAACCCUACAGACAGGAAUGUGUGCUUCAAAGUUAAGACGACGGCCCCGCGCCGUUACUGCGUCCGGCCAAACAGCGGCGUCCUCGACGCCGGCACCUCAAUCAACGUCUCAGUGAUGCUGCAGCCUUUCGACUACGACCCCAACGAGAAAAGCAAACACAAGUUCAUGGUGCAGUCCAUGCUGGCUCCCCCCGAAAUGACGGACAUGGAGGGAGUGUGGAAGGAGGCAAAGCCAGAGGAGCUGAUGGACUCCAAGCUGAGGUGUGUCUUUGAGCUGCCGGCGGGGAAUGAGAAAACGCACCAGGACCUGGAUGCCAACAAGAUGACGUCGUCCAACCUGCUCAAGUCAGAGUCCUCCACACUGUCCAUGAAAUCCAUGAGCUCCACCCUGGAUGACGGCGAGGUAAAGAAGAUCAUGGAGGAGUGUAAGAGGCUGCAGAUGGAGGCACAGCGGCUACGGGAAGAGAACAAACAGAUCAGGGAAGAUGAUGGCCUGCGGAUGAGGAAGAGCAAUGUGUUGUCCUCCUCCCAGCACUCCUCCCAGUCCAUGGUGAAGGAGGAGGGUCUUAGCCUGCGCACGGUGGCACUCAUCGUGCUCUUCUUCGUGGUCGGAGUCAUCAUCGGCAAGUUGGUCUUGUAAGAGCGAGCGGCUAGCGAGAGACGGCCAACCGCAUGCUUUCGGGGGAUUGAAACAAACGGAUUUUGGAAAUCUUUUUUUUUUAUUCUUCUUUUUUUUUUUUAUUCCAUAUCAGUGGGGGUAGUUUUGAAAUCGUUAAUUUAUGUACAAAUAAAAAAAGAAGAUCCAAAUAAAAAUGUUAUGAACAAACCAACGAGAGAGAAAAAAAAUAACUUGUUACAAGAUCUCUUUAAUCAUAACAUAAUCAUUCUGGCCUACACCACAGGUACAAUAUGACCAGUAAGAAGGCGUAAAAUGCAGAUCAUUGAUAGUCAUUUGAAGCUAAGGAUUUUCUAAACACUGGGGGGUGCGAUUGAGUCAGUUUGCGUUGUGUGAAUGUCGUUUUCAAGGAUUGUUGUUUCUUUUCACAAGAGGCCAGAGGCCGUGGGCAUACUCUGUGUAAAGAAUCCACUGUAACCCUACAGUAAUGUAAUGCCAGGGGGGGAGCACUCUUUUUGGCUCACCUCCUUUAGAACAUGAUUGACAGAGAGGCUUCAGAGAGUAGACGAGGUUAUGCACAGGGCUACUGUCAACCAAACUGACUCCUCCAAUCAGAGGCUUUGUAUAGACCGGCUCCUCUGUGAUUGGGGAACAUCCUUAAUCGACACAACAACCCGCCCCUCUCCCCCUGCCCCCCCAUUCUCUGUUUUUUCCAAGCUAGAACAUUUCCCCCCUCACCUUUUGAUCACGAAUAUACGAGUUGGCAGUAUAUUCUUGAUUGCAUGCGUCCACAAAAGAGCAUUGAAUUUUUUGGGACAUUUUUUCAUUUAAUUGAAUUGCUUUCAUCAUUGUGAUGUUUCUUUUCAGCCGUAGGUUUGCACAACUCUAUCUUCAGAUUUUUUUCCUUCUUUAUUUAAUUUAAAUUGUUUUGUGAUUUUGAAGGGAUUUUUGUUUUAGGGAGUGAGGCAUUAUUAAAAAAUUAAUGCAGCUAAAUGAACUCUGGAUGGGUUGGGAAUGAGUCACUGAAUAAACUACUUACUGGAUGUUUGACCUGUGACUGCUAUUGGCAAGUUAUUCUGCAAGGAAGGAAGGACGAGAGGGAGGGUGGGAGGAAG